AUGCCGACAAGAAAGAAGAAAAUCUGCACAAUAUUAAAUGCCGCCGAGGAAGCGGCAGAGGAGCAAGAGAGGGCUCCAGCUCCUGCCCCUAUUGCUCCAGACCAGGAUUUACGGGAUGCCGUUCAGUUGCUGACUCAGUUAGUUGCCGCGCAGGCCCAGCGGCAGGGUGCGGGCUCAAGUGAUAGGGCGACCAGUGCCCGAGCCCGUGAUUUCAUAAGCUUAAAUCCUCUAGAAUUUUUCGGAUCAAAACCGGAUGAAGACCCGCAGGGUUUUAUUGAUGAGAUAUGCUCCGGCCAUGGUAGCAGAUAUGGGAGACCGGGUACACCGAUUGCGAGAGGCUUAGGGCCACACUUAUUUAAGGAUUGUUUGACCGCCUCGCUACUGGAAGGAAUGGAUAUCUCGCGCAUUCAAGCGCAUGCUCAGAACCUGGAAGAACAACAACAGCCGCCAAGGGGAGAGCGAGCUAUGGACAGGGGACAUGGUAAAAGGACUAGAUCAGCGGGUGCUAGCAGUGAGUACAGAGGAGGUCAGGGGCAGCAAUAUCCCAGACAUUCAGGCCAGUCUGCAUCUAGUGCACCUCCUCGAUUUGCGGGCCGAAAGUUUGAUCGUCCUAUUUAUUCUGGGCCGAGUCAGGGCUCGGGAGCUUCAGGUUCCCAGUAUCGUGGUGAUUCUAGCCAGAGGAGACCGCCGGUACCACGAUGCAGUCAAUGCGGUAAGUUACAUCCGGGUCAGUGUCGCCGAGGCUCGGAUGCUUGCUAUGCCUGUGGUCAAGUUGGCCACAUGAUGCGUGAUUGUCCGUUGAGGAGCAACGAGAUGAGGUCCGACCUACGAGGUUCGGCGGCUGAGGUUCUUCAUAGUCGAUGCAUCCGUAGAAGCCCGGACUUCCCCGUGUUCCGGCGGGCCGUGGCGAGGCGGAGAGGAGGGAGCCUCUAG